UUAGCCUUUGUUGCCAGCCUCGUGGAUGCUGCAACUGAAUAUCUUCAUAAUGCGGACUUUGAGAGUACAAGUUUUAGCGGUAACUGGGUUUGCGCGGAUUGCACUAUGACGUCCUACACAGCAGAUGUACAUCACGGAAGUAGAUCAAUCAAGGUCACAAACAGACACCAUUACUGGUCAGCACCCCAGGCUAACGUCCACGUUCCUCCGGGGCACAACUAUGUCGCUAGGAUGUAUUUUAAGUUACUAAAUAUACCAAACAAUGUGAAAACUAUAGAAGUAGAUCUCAUGGCUGCUGUUAAUACUCAUGGCAGAGUUCACAGAAUAAAGACUGCUGUGCUUCCCCAUCAAGAACUAAGGUUCGGCUGGACAGAAAUUAGCGGCGAUUUCUUUGUACCAGCAGGUUCAACCAGUGUGAAGUUAUUCCUACAAGUAACCGAGCCUUCUGUGGACUACUUACUGGAUGACUGCAGUUUACAACAGCUUCCUCAUAAUCAACACUGGCAUACUGAUGCUGUCAGUAGAAUAAGUAACAUCAGGAAGGCGUCAGUGUCGCUCAGAAUGGCGCACGGAACACACGCUGAUGGUAUAUCAAUACAGCUUGUUCAGCAGAGACACGCCUUUCCGUUUGGUACAGCAGUAAAAGCAUCUUUACUGGUUGAUGACGCACACCAUGCCUAUCAGGACUUUAUAUAUAACAAUUUUAACUGGGCUGUCCUGGAAAACGCUCUGAAGUGGAGACUCCUUGAAUGGACAGAGGGACACCCAAAAUUUGAUACAGCAGUGAGAGCGAUAGCGACACUACGAUCGCAUGGAUUGCAUGUCAGGGGACAUAACGUAUUUUGGGCGGUAGAUGGACAUUCACCAAAGUGGUUAGCAGGAAAGUCCCAUACGGAAUUUAUCAAUGAAAUGAAAAGGCACAUCAAUGACGUUGUAUCGAACACCAACGGGACUUUAGAUCACUGGGAUGUUUAUAACGAAGCAUUACACGGACGUUACUUUGAGGAACACACUGGCGACCCUGAUAUCAUCCAAAAAAUGUUCAGUUGGCUUCAUGUCGCUCAGCCACAAACAAAGCUAUUCCUUAAUGACUACAAUAUUGUGAAUUCAAAUCUUUUUACCACGGCUCUGAAAAACCAGGGACUACAGCUAAUCAAAGACAGAGUUCCAUUGCAUGGGAUUGGUAUUCAGAGUCACAUUAAGAACUCUCAGAUAAAUCUUGAUGUACUUAAGUACAGACUGGAUAAGGUAGCAGAAGCUGGACUGAAGAUCUGGAUAACAGAGCUAACGAUUCUAGAAUCCGACAGUACCAAAAAGGCAGCGGCUUUGGAGGAGCUUCUAACUCUGUAUUUUAGUCACCCUGCGGUAGAGGGCGUUCUGUUGUGGGGGUUCUGGGACGGAGCAAUAUAUGAUCCCAAUGUGUCACUGUUUACAGGAUCUUCUAUAGCAGCAAAUGCUGCUGGACAAAAAUAUUUAGAUUUAGUGAAGAAAGCAUGGUGGACAGAUUACACCGAUACAAUGACUUCCGGUCAAGUGUUACAUACCAGUGUAUUUAAAGGAGACUACCAACUGCUGGUUAAGCAUAAUGGAAAUACAAUUCACCGGGAAAACCUGGUGAUAGAUUCUGCAGGGAAGGAUAUCACAGUCCAUGUAACGGACGACCAUCACGUCAUACAGAUUGCAUUCGGCUAAAGAACAGAUCAAAGAAAAAUUUUAAUUAU